UAUCAUAUUUAAAUAUUAACUUGUAACAAAGUUGAACAUGACGUGUAGUUUAUGCAACUGAACUGAAAGAAAGAAAAAACUAUGCCCCACAUGUCUUUUUGCACACUGAAGUGUUAACAAGUGUCAACCGUUAACAACUGAAAAGAUAAUACUACAUUUCCCAGAGUUCAUUUAGGCCCACUGAAUCCGCCAUGUUGAGCUCGGCAGAACGCGCUGGCAGGGAGAGAGUGUUCACAACAUUGAGAUAGGUGAAGGACACGCCGUGUAUAAAGAUGACACAAAUGGUCCAGACGAAUGGGAUUCAACCCCUCAGUAAGACCUGGGAGCUUAGUCUCUAUGAAUUACAGAGAACCUCACAGGAGGCCAUCACGGAUGGUCUGGAGAUCGCAGUGUCCCCACGCAGCUUGCACAGUGAGCUCAUGUGUCCUAUUUGCCUGGACAUGCUGAAGAACACCAUGACCACCAAGGAGUGCCUGCACCGCUUCUGUGCCGACUGCAUCAUCACUGCGCUCAGAUCGGGGAAUAAGGAGUGUCCAACAUGCAGGAAGAAGCUGGUGUCUAAGCGCUCCCUCCGUCCAGACCCCAACUUUGACGCCCUGAUCAGUAAGAUCUACCCCAGCAGAGAUGAGUAUGAAGCCCAUCAGGAGAGAGUGUUGGCCCGCAUCAGCAAGCACAACAACCAGCAGGCGCUCAGCCACAGUAUUGAGGAGGGCCUAAAAAUUCAGGCCAUGAACAGACUGCAGCGGGGGAAGAAGCACCAGAUUGAAAAUGGCAGCGGGGCAGAGGACAAUGGGGACAGUUCACACUGCAGCAAUGCAUCAGUUAGCUGUAAGAAAUUAAGUGCAUUUUCAGACACACCACUCCUGUAGCAGUAACAUUUGUUCACUAACAUGACUGCAUCUUGCCAGUACAAUGUACCAGUACAAUGUGAUGGCUUAGUUCACAUGACACUGUCAUGUUACUAGUCUGUACUACUAUGUUGGUCGUCAGAUGUUUCGGAGAUUGUACAUACCUACAUCACUUUAUAAAAUAAUUACCUGGAAAAAUGUAUAUUGACAACAUUGUUACAGUUAUUACAGUACCGUUUCAUAAAAACGUAAGUUGGCAGUUGUACAUUUGGGACCCAGUUUUUAAUAGUUUCAUAGACGGUUCAUCUAAGACGAGGAAAACUUUUUUUAGAGCAUGAAGUAAUUUUAGUUUGACUUCCUUGGCAUACGUUUGAGUUCAUGUUGUUGUUUGGAAGAAAAAAAAAUGUAUACAGCAUUCUUUGUUUGGAAAAUAAAUAA